AUGGCUAGUUUGCAAGCAGAAAAAUCACAAGAGCACGGGCGGAAAGAGGAUUGGUCGCCUUCCCCUUAUGUGGUUUUGCAGAACGUCUCGGAGGAGGCAAUUAGAGUUGCUGGCAACAAACAUCAAAGUGUGUACCCCGGUGGCGGCAAGGCUCAUGCCGAGGCUCCAACUCCGACUUCCCUGCCGCAUUCACACCACCACCAGCGGAGUCAGAGUGAAGUUUUGACUAGGGAUGCUAAAGGGAACAACAGUUUUCAGAAAUUGAAAGUUCAUAUGCAAAAAGCGUUGCUAUGGGGUGGUAAUUCAAGUGAGCAAGACUUAUUAGUCCCUACCUUCAAUCCAGAGGUUUUGGCUGACCAGAAACGACAGUGGUAUCAACUUCAUUCCAAAUCUACGGAUCUUGCAAGUUACAAGGAGCCUAGCUCACUAUUUGAGCACUUCAUUGUCACGGGCCUCAAACCUGAUACUAAUCUCCAAGCUGUGGAGGAAGCAUUUGCCAAGAGGAAGAAGUGGGAAUCUCUACAAAGAAGAUCAGGAUCAAGGGAUAUUAAGGCAGUACAGAAUCGAGCACCUCAGUUUCCAAAAAUGGAACCUCAGCUACUCUUUAAAUAUCCUCCUGGAAAAAGAUUACCUAUGCACGUGAAAGAUUUGGGUGCUUUUUGUUUCCCAACUGGUGUUAAGCCAAGGCUAUUGGAGAGGACACCCUCGCUUAGUGAGCUAAAUGAACUUGUCUAUGGACAGGGUCAUUUGGGAAGAGAUGAUUCAUCAUUUGUAUUUUCUCUAAAGGUAGCUGACAGUGACACGCUAUAUGGUGUGUGCUUGCACACAACAGAGUUUGUUCAGAGGCCACUUGGUAUCUUAGGCUUCUCAUCGCCUCUUUCUUCAUCUAGACACUGCGGCCGUUUUUUGGUGUCUGCACCUCGUUGUUACUGUCUGUUAACCAAAGUGCCUUUCUUUGAGCUACACUAUGAGAUGCUUAACAGCAUCAUAGCACAGGAGCGUCUGAAUAGGAUAACACAAUUUCUCAAUGAAAUAUCCUUCAAUAGUUGUGUCCCAUCAUUCACUAGACAAUCUUCUCAAAUUAAUGGGGGCAUUACUUACCAGGAGCAGGUGGAUGACAUGGACUGGAUGUCAUUCGCCAUACCAGUUGAAAGUGCUCUGGCCCUUACUGCUGCAGCUGCAGGACUUGCAUUAGAUGAUGAUAAUUCGUCACAAAGGACAUCAGAAGAACCUCAUUCCCCCGAGAGUGUAGCUGCUAGUGAGGCUUCUGAUUUCAGUCAAACAAGGGAGAGUGAAAAGGAUGAUGGCAACAAAAAUCUCAACAAUUCAUUUGAUGAUGGUUGUUCGGAGUCCUCAGAAGCCCGCUCAGAUGCUUAUGAGCGAGUAAUAUAUGGAAGCUAUGAUAAUGAUCAUGCUUCUCCAGAUGUUUUGAUGCCGUUUUCCUGCUCAAGAAGCCCCGAGAUGGAGCGUAAUUUAAGUUUUGAUGCCCUUUUCAGUCCAGUAAGAAGCAUGACGUCUGAGGAUGAUGAAGAUGAACAUUUUGCCAAUCAGCGCAAAGAAUUUGAGAAUGAUCUAAUUGUGGACUGGGCCAAGGAGAACAAAAAUGAUUUGUUGCUGAUCAUUUGUAGGUACCAUGCUAUGGAUGUUCCCAAACGUGGAGGCAAAAUUGUUUUUCAGCCUACUGACCAUUUACCUGCUGUUGAAUAUAACCGACCUCAUGUAUCGGAGCUUGCCUUUUCUAGAAAUUUUGAAGAUGCAGCUAAUGUUGUUGGGGGAAAUGUCAAUGCAAAAUUAGCUGUCACGGAGGAAGCUUUUGCACUAUCAGUAUGGACAACUGCAACUCUUUGCCGUGUUUUGUCGCUAGAGAGUAUCUUGGCUCUGUUUGCAGGAGUUUUGCUUGAAAAACAGAUAGUGGUAAUGUCCCCAAACCUGGGUGUUCUAUCUGCUGUUGUGUUAUCUCUGGUACCAUUGAUUCGUCCAUUUCAAUGGCAAAGUUUAUUCCUUCCGGUUCUGCCAGAUAAGAUGUUUGAUUUUCUUGAUGCUCCAGUUCCUUUUAUUGCUGGUAUACAAGUUCAACCUACUGAAGUGAGGAUCAAAUCCUCUAACCUCAUCAUCGUCAAUGUGGUCAAUGACCAGGUGAAAUCAUGUCAACUGCCUUCACUUCCUAGACACAGAGAGCUCUUCUCUGAACUUCGACCAAUUCAUGCUAAAUUGUCGCAUAAAAGUGGCACAGGAAACAAAAAUCCCGUGUACAAGUGCAAUGAAGUGCAGGGCAACGCAGCAAACAACUUCUUGAGAGUCAUGAGGCGCUACUUGGAGUCGCUUUGUGCAGACUUGAGAUCACAUUCCAUAACUAGCGUGCAGUCUAAUUAUGACAGGGUUUGUGUACUUCUUAAAGAUAGCUUUAUCGAUUCCUUCCCUACCAAGGAACGACCAUUCGUUAAGCUUCUUGUAGACACACAGUUAUUUGCUUCUCUAUCAGAUAGCCGUCUGUCAACAUUUGAGAGUGGUAGGUUCUAA